AGUAAACACUGACACGACAGCAUCCGACGAAACGAAAAAUGGGGAUGUUUUUCUCCUUCCACAAAAAAUUCAUGCUUUCAUGGUCCAUUGUCGAGCUGGCGGUCACUCGGGAGAGAUUCCUUACCGUUACGGGCGCUAGUAUGUAAAGGACAACUUAGGGUCAGACAAUAUUGACGAACCUUUUGGAAUCAACACAUUGGACAUGUAAGGAGAUGUUAUCCCACCGCUUCCUUUAUGCUAACUUUACACUGUGAAGGUUUUGGCACUGAAGUGAAGAUGGCGAUAAAAUUCUUAUAGAAAAAGCAGAAAGGUCAAGGCCGACGGACGGGAUUAUCAUCUGCACGAGCUAGUAGAAUUAAGGACGUGUUCUGUACCGAAAACCCAGGAGAUAAGGAAAGGAUGCAAACGUAGCAGUAACAGUGUGGUAUAUGGAUUCUAAUUCGGCCUGGUCAUACGUUGACCUCUAUUUGGCAUCUUAGUGUGAUAUUUUCCGUGUGUAAAGGAAAUUCUUGCCAAAUGAAAAUUGUAAAUAAAAACUUGUGACUAAAGUUUACAGAUUCAAAAUUACCAGAGAUAGUAACAGUGUUUUUGUUUGAGGCAACGGAAAACUCAUGCAUUGUGUUGUUGUACUUUAGGAGCAGAAAAACAGUGGUUUGUAACCUGGAUGUGGAUUAUAUUUGAAUAGGUAACAAGGUUUGUGACUGGAAAAUUAUAUUUUCAUUACAAUUUUUUCUUGAAAUGAAAACAGCUGUAAAAAAUAACCGGUGCUUUUUAUAAGAGUUAAUUCAAAAUGAUAUCACCAAUCCAAUUUUGUGUGAUUUGCCUGACUCUUCAUUUCAUCAAAUGUCUACCAGCAGAAGACAAUGAUACAAACAAUGAUGCCGUUACGCCCUCUGUUGCAGGUCCAUUCGAUGAGGCGCUUGUAACGUCCAUCUUGAAAAUUGUUGAUGUGAAGUUUGAAUCGAUAAGUACCCGGAUUGGGUCGAUGGAAAGAGCCAUGAACAGUCUCCAGUAUUAUAAUUUGCGACAGUUCCGAGUUGUGAAUACUCAUUUGAGAGCGCUGGAUACUAUAAUGCAGGCAACGCAUUCGCAGAUGGGCGAGAUAGAUAUCGAAAGCAAGGAGACUAAAAUUUCAAUCGACAUGCUAAAGAAAGAACUGAAGAAUAUGGAAAAGGUACAAAACGCUAUGUUCGAUUCCAUGGAGAAACAUUUCGAGAAGAGCGAUUUUAGUACAGGUGAAAAGUUUGCAUCUCUGCAAGAAUCGGCUGACAUCAUUUUAAACACAGCAUUACAAAACACCGAGAAAAUCAGCCAGGAUAAAAACAUCAACUUGGGUCCGCUGAUUGAAAGUUUAGUAUCUGUCCUAAACGAUUCCAACAGGUCAACUAACGAAAGACUAACAAGUCUUGAAGAAAAGGUAGACACUAACCAUAACAUAACGAUGUCAAAACUUGAGGGGGUCGAGGUGGAAAUAGCUAAUUCAACCAAUAACAAAACUGAGGAACGUUCACUAUUGGAGACAUUAAUUGAUCUCAACGAUAAUGUACUUCGAUCUAUCGAUUUUUACCGACAUACGGGGGACCUGGUGGAGAGGAUUGUGGGAGCUACAGAAACAGUAGCAGAUGAACAAGAUACAAUACGCUCGGACCUGAGACUGUUUUUGGAAGUUCAGACAAAUAACACCAUGUGUAAUCGGCAGCAGGAUAAAAUGGACUCGAACGAGCUUCCUAACGUUAUAGUGGCAGAUAGAAAUUUACACAGAUGUGAAUUGACGUUUCAGGAAUUGAAUGAAAUGGCUGAUAUAUUCCGAAACAGCACACAUUUGACGGAUCAGUGGACGGAAAUGGCCCAGUUGAACCAGUUUACUCUGCGGUCUACCGUUAUGGAUCUUAUGGCAGAAGUGGCAAAAUUGCAUGACAUUAAUGAAAAGGAGAAUACCUUUUCUGAGCAGACGACAACCACUGCACCGAAUCUCUUCACUGGACUAAUGGAGUUUGACCUUGAAAGUAUUUCAAACAACACAAAAGCUGUUUAUCAGAUUGUAGAAGCUGUUGCCGCAAACACUGGAUGGAUACCGUACAUAUACCAUAACUUACAAUUCGUGGAAAGUCAAGUCAAUGAAACUGUUAAGAAUUACAAAAAUAUUCUCCAAAAGCAAGAAACAUUAUCUGAUAUUUUGCGAUCUCACGACAGAACUGAAGCGCUUACUGGACGACCAGCUAUAAUGCGAGGGUUUGGGAAUUCAGAAUCUCGUCCUACAACCCAGACAGAUAUGUUUAUAAGCAAUGAUGGGAACACUUCUUAUCUUGAUAAACUGAACAUCAUCUACAGGACAAAUGUUAAAAUGCAUCGGCUGAUUCCAGCUUUAACUAGGUUACUAGGAGAACCAGAACCCUUUAUCACCCUUGUUGAUGGCAAGAAUGAAAACGAGGGACGAGUGGAGAUCUACCGAAAUGGUCGCUGGGGUACACUUUGUAAGGAUAUUGACCAUAUAGAGGCUAGCUAUAUUUGUCGUCAUCUAGGUUACCUGGGUGGUAUAUCCGCCGGAAGUGGAUUUUAUGGUGCCGGAGACGGCGUGUUCUGGAAGCUCAAUAUGACGUGCUUGCUGACCAGGCGAUGUGAGGUGGCCAAUGGUGUAGAUGCAAGCCUCUGUAGCCAUAACAACGACGCUGCUAUUAUAUGUGACCAUAUGGUGAGACUGGACGCGGAUGAAAGAAAGAGAAGAUCAGCCGGGUAUCUCAACAUCCAUCACCGCGGUAACUGGCUCAAUGUUUGUGCAGAUAACUGGACUUCACAAAACUCAAACGUAGCCUGUCGGCAACUCGGACACAAAAGUGGACAAGCAGCGCCGCCAGUAACUGACCCAAAGACAGUUGAAGUUAAUAAUUUGUGGCUUCGUAACAUCACAUGUUCUGGAAGUGAGAUGCGAUUGGACGCAUGUGACCACGUGAUAUGGUCACGUGGCUGUGAAUCAAACCUACCUGUACGUAUAUCAUGUACGUAACGUUACAAUUAUAGUUAUAAUUAAGCAUUUGUUAUAUGCAGGAUUUUUAGUUCACCGCCUCGCCACGUCACAAAACGGAUGAUGUGCCUUUUAUCUUCUGCUGCGAAAUUAAUUACUGGUUUCAUCGUCCAAAGGAGCAAAACAUGACCGUGAAGAUGUGAACAGAUAACCUGUUAUUGGAAAAUUGUCCUAUGUUAUCGAGUGACGAAAUAACAGAUACUGUACUGGUAUGUGUUUAGUGUCUUGAAUCAGUACCAAUGCACUACACACGUACUGGUAUGUGUUAAAUGUCUGGAAUCAGUACCAAUGUACUAAACACGUACUGGUUUGUGUUAAAUGUCUGGAAUCGGUACUAAUGUACUACACACGUACUGGUAUAUGUGGGUAUUGUUGGGAAUCCAUACUCAUGGUACGGAACAUUUCAACGGCAUGUACCAAGAAUUAAGUACAGUAGCUAUAAGAAAACAUCUCUGUAAGUAUAGGGUAAUAUGGCUUCGGGUUUCAGAAGAAAUAAAACUUCAUGGACUUCAUUUUACAUCAAAGGAGAGUAAUAAGGUACGAACAAAUAGUUUUCUGACCAGAAUAUGACCGUAAAACUGGAACAUGAAUGUUUCCAUUUAUUUUCAAAUGAGCUUGUGAAUAUCAAAGGUGGAUCUGAUCAUAGUAUGCCUUGUUUGUGACAUUGUACAAAAUGAAUCGUACACUUUGCUAUAUUUGAAUAAAUAAUAAUGAAUUUUACUACAGUAUUCAAUAAAUUUAGAAUAUCACUGCUUUUCAUUCAUGGAUUGUGUAUGAAAAAAAUCAGAUGAAUAUAUACAAUACACAUUAUCAGCAUAUCUUCAAAUAUCCAAAAGGAUUCCCUCAUACCAAACAUUUGUAUCUGCGCUGUGUUUACUGCUUUAAUUUCCCAGUAUUGUUCUCGCGUUUAUUCUGGUAAUGUGCUGGUAUCCGCAAUUAUAGAAUUGUUUAUGUUAAUAUUCAUUAAUAAGGAUACUAUAGAUAAAACAAUUACUUCUAUUGAAACCAUGACCUAUAAUUACAUUAUCAUUUUAAUUUCUGGUGCUAUAUGGUCAUACCACUGUGAAAAGCUCAUUUAUUCUUCCAUUUGAUAUUCCCAAUACAUUGGAUUAUUUCUUGUAAACGUUGGAAUAUUUUGUGUAGCAAUUUUCAUUAUCGCAAUGCUUACGACGGGGCGGAUUUUGCCUUGAGAGUUUCAUUUAAAUGGUUAUAAUAUUUUUAAGAGAAAAAUAAGAGAAAAUCAUACUGACUAUUUAAAAAGUACAACUUAUAGGUACCUCAAAUUGUUGCCUUUACUUUCGCGUUAUUUCCCUGUACAUUUUGUAUUUAAUUCUUAUCUGACAGAUAGUGGGGACUAAUUUGUAAAAAAAAA